GUAUUUAUAGUCGUUAGUCUUUGCCGUGUUGAAACAGUCAAACCACCAACUGACUAGCUGCAGCUGUUGGUGUGGCUGCGGCUGCCAUAGCAACCGCUGAAGAAACACUGACAGGCUAACGGUUGUUUGUUGUGCUAGCCUCAAACAUGACGUCGAGCCGAGUAGUGUGUUCAGUUCAGCGACAUCUACCCAGUUAGUAUCAUAACCUAGUGCUACUUCCUGGCGCCAUUACUUAUAUUUCUUACUAGCAUCAUUGUUCUUUGAGUUUUUAUCAGGCUGUCGAUGAUGUCAGACUGUUGUAUCGUCUUGCUGUUGAGUUCAGCUAACUUGACAAACGGAUUCAGCUUGAACUAGUAUGGAUGUUGAUGACUGUAAUGGCAGAGCCUAUAUUUCAGGUAGUGGGGAGUCAUCACUGGAAAGAGAGUUUUCUGGGAACCUUGGAGGUCCAAAUGUAAGCACCCCAAAUAGCAAGAACAACUCUCCUAGACGGUCUCUAAGUGCCAACUCUAUUAAAGUGGAGUUGUACAGUGAUGAAGACCUAGGACGCAAUAAUGAAGAUGAAAGAAUAGAGCGGAUAGAUGAUGGAGGCUCAGGACAGGGAUCAGAGUCUGGUGGAGGCUACAGGGAAGUCAUGAACCCUGAGACCAUGCCACCUGGAGCCACCAGACUGCCGAACGGAAAGCUGAAGUGUGACAUUUGUGGAAUGAUCUGCAUCGGGCCUAAUGUUCUCAUGGUGCACAAACGCAGCCAUACAGGGGAAAGACCAUUUCAGUGUAACCAAUGUGGCGCCUCAUUCACCCAAAAAGGCAACCUGCUCCGCCACAUCAAGCUGCACUCAGGAGAGAAGCCGUUUAAAUGUCCCUUUUGCAGCUAUGCUUGUCGAAGAAGAGAUGCCCUUACUGGGCACUUACGCACUCAUGCAGUGUCCUCUCCAACCAUAGGGAAGCCAUAUAAAUGCAGUUUUUGCGGCCGUAGUUACAAGCAGCAAAACACCCUGGAGGAACACCAUGAGCGCUGUCAUGGUUACCUACAAAGUCUGGAGUCACAACCAACAAACAGUGCUCAUAAUCUAGGAGAGGAGAUGAGAGAGCUAGAGUUUGUACCAGACUCUCUUCUGCAGCCGUCCUCAGACAAGAUGGCUUUUAUCGAUCGGCUCGCCAACAGCGUCACUAAACGCAAAAGAUCCACACCACAAAAAUUUGUAGGACAGAAGCACAUGCGCCUCAACAUUGCGGAUGCACCUUAUGACCUGACAGCUGGCUUGGAUAAAGGCGAGGAUGUGCAAGCUGGGGACCUGGAAGAACCUCACUUCGCCAGCCUUGCAGAGUACACAGCAGGUAAUGGAGGAGGAUUAUCAGAUGCCAUUAGGCCUCUACACCUUCCUCCCCCUCAUCCAUCCUUUUUUAAAGAACUCCGGCCGAGCCUCAGCUCCCCUCACACCUCCGUUGCUCUGGGCCCGAGGUUGGAUUGCACGGGCACCGGAGUUGGGCUGGGAGCUGUUGUUGUUGGCGGGAGGGAGGCAGCAGAGGGUCACGAAGACCUUCCUGCUGGCCGAAGUCAUGCACCGUCGCCUAGCAAUGGUUUCCAGGACUCCACAGACACGGAAAGCAUGCCGGACGAGCCCUGCAACAGCACAGCUCCUGUCCCAACGUUGCCCAGUAACAACGGGCAUCAGCUCCUUCACUCCAGCAAACACAUCGCCAGACCUCCUCCCACCUCACACCACAGGAGUCGGGAGAGACGCAGCCCCAGCCGAGCCAAAGAUCGGGAGCUGGAAAGAGAAGAUGGAGGACACCCAGCGUUUCCGCCUCCCGCCUCGGCUCCGACUUCCAGCUCACCUACGGCGCCUUCCUCUACCUCCAGGGAGGCUUUCCGGGUCGUAGAUGCAGAAGGGCGGGCUGUGCGGUCGUUCCGCUGCGAGCACUGCCGCGUGCUUUUCUUGGACCACGUCAUGUUUACCAUCCACAUGGGCUGCCACGGUUUCCGACAGCCUUUCGAGUGCAACAUUUGUGGCUACCGCAGCAAGGACAGAUACGAAUUUUCUUCACACAUUGUCCGCGGCGAGCACAUUAUAGACUGAGGUUUAUCGCUGGACGCCCUUCUGUGCAUACAGAGAUCCCCCCCCCUUCCACUCAGACGAGGACCUGGCUUGGUUUGAUCUGCACAUGAGCUUGAAGGGGUCACCGACGGCGAGAAGCCGCUCCUGAAUGUUUCAGAUCCUGGCACAAAAUUGUAAUAGGGUUUCUAGUUAUUUUAUGAGUGAUUUAAGUAUUUAAAGUACAUUUUCAUUAAAGGUGUACCAAAGUGUAGAAGGACGAAAUGCAUUCUUUUAGCCACAGACGUGCCUUGCACCAAAGUUCAGGAUUCAGACUGCAUGCACAAAUUAUAGUAGACAAAUCCUCAUCAGAAUUAACACGGGAAAGGCUAUGGUGAAAUCUUUAAAGAAAUGAAUGCUUCAUUCGAAGUUUAUGCUUUUUCUUUUACGUUUCUUUAACACUGGAGGAAUCCUGUGCAGUUGCUUUAUUUCAAAAAGUACAACUCAAGCUCAAAACCAAGUCCAUGUUAGCUAAAGUAAAACAUUGGAAGGGGUUGUCCUUUAUAUUAUAUUAGAAAUGCACUUUGGUUUUUACAAGAGGUGAAAUGAAGAGAUUUGUGUUUGUAUGUAUUGGCGUGUGUGAGAGAACAACCCUGAGGGGCCCUCAAUUUUGUUGUAAAAGUGAAUAACGAAGGCCCUUGUUUUUGUCUGUCGAUGCCUUGAGGAAUAAUGUAUGAAUCUGUUUUCGUCUCUUGACUGUUUUGUUUGCACUGAUACCUGCCAGAAAUCUGAUUAUAUUAAAUUAUUUUAUAGAAAUAUAGUAAUGUUCUGCACCUCUCUGAAAAAUAAUGUGAGGAAAAACCGGCUGAAAGCUCUGCCUCAAGAGGAGCGGGGUUUAGUUAUCACUGCCAGAGUUUGAGUUCAGAACUUCCCUUUGAAAAAUAAAUUAAGACCUGAUCCAACACUAAUAUAUAACAAAUCUAUUUAUGAUGUAUUUAAAAUGAGUUUGUUGUUCUGUCAUUGUAUUAUGCCUUUGACUUGUUCCCCAGGCUGGAAAUGCUAGACUUCAUGUCUUUCUGGAUGUCACAAUAAGAAGGAUGUCACAGAAUGAUUUAAACACUCGCGUUCUUAUUUUUGUUAGUAUUUCAUGCAUUUUAGAUUCUCUGUGGCUUUUCAGCAAAUGUUUACCCUGUUUAGCAAAACUAAACCUGAUAUUCUAUUAUGAAAGUUGAAGAUUUAAGGUUAGGGUUGUUGGACCUUUUAGUGGUUAAAGCGCAAUGUUCUGCCCAGAAGGCAGUUUGAAUCUCGAGUUAACAGGAAUGAUUGAUAUCACUUAAAAUAAACAGUUAUGAAAAAUGUUCUUAAAAUUCAAGACUGACUCGGGCUUCAACCUUGUGAUCAUGGUUCGAGUCUAUUCCCUCGUCAGUUUUUCAUUCAUUAGUUUUCUUAUUUCCAGGUUCAAACUUUUCUAAGACGAACUAAAUUGAGCCCACUCAGCCACUUUAGGCUUUAAAUGAAUAUUAGUGGUUGUGCCAGUGUUGUGAACAGUUCCUGUUUUGUCUUACUGAUCCCAGUUCAUUGAUUCUUGCAGUUUUAACAGUUGUUUAGAUAUGCAGACGUUCUGAAACAUAAAAUGUUUGAAAAUAACGGUUUAAGGCAACGUGUUUGUUUGGUAUUAGUGUGGUUCAGUGUGGCACCAAAUAAUUUCCUCAUAACUGGGCCAAAGAACCACUUGUUUGCUACUGUAAAGCACUUUUCCUUGGUUAUAGCAGCGAGAGGAAAAUUCAGACAUUUGUACAUUUGGGAAAAGGCUGUUUAUUGCUGUUAUUAAAGGCUUUUGGACAUUAUAA